AUGGCUUUGACAACCGCGGUGCCGGAGGUGGUGCUCAGGUCCGGAAACGCCAGACCUAUGCCGGCGAUCGGCAUGGGCACGGCCAAGUUCCCGGUCGUGCAUGAGACCACCAGGGACGCCGUGCUUGCGGCCGUGGAGGUCGGCUUCCGCCAUUUCGACACUGCUUCCCUGUACGGAACGGAGCUGCCGCUAGGCGAUGCUAUCGUGGAGGCUGUGCGCCGCGGCCUUGUGGCAUCCCGGGAAGAGGUGUUCAUCACGUCCAAGCUCUGGUGCACGCAGUGCCACCCGCACCUCGUGCUCCCGUCCCUCCGGGAAAGCCUCCAGAACCUGCAAAUGGAGUAUGUGGACCUGUACCUGAUCCACUGGCCGGUCUGCAUGAAGCCUGGGCCAGGGGUGUUCCCGGCCAAGCGGGAGGACGCCGUGCCGCUCGACUUCGAGGGCGUGUGGCGGGAGAUGGAGGAGUGCCACCGCCUGGGGCUCGCCAAAGCCAUCGGCGUCAGCAACUUCACCACCUGGCACCUCGACAAGAUCAUGGCGGCCGCCACUGUCCCGCCUGCUGUCAACCAGGUCGAAUUGAACCCUCUCUGGCAACAGAGGAAGCUGAGGAAGUACUGCACAGAGAAGGGCAUCCACGUCGCGGCGUACUCGCCGUUGGGUGGGCAGAACUGGUCCAGGGAGGGCAACGCCGUGCUGGAAUCAGGGGUGCUGGCCGAGAUCGCCAAGGCUAGAGGAAAGAGCGUCGCACAGGUAGCAUUGAGGUGGAUUUAUGAGCAAGGACUGACCCCAAUCGUCAAAAGCUUCAGCAAGGAGAGGCUCAAGCAAAACAUUCAGAUAUUCGACUGGGAGCUGACUGAAGACGACCUCGUCAAGAUCGGCCAGAUUCCACAGAAGAAGAUUGUCACAGCUGCUAACGUGAUUUUCUCGCCAGAGGGGAAGUUCACGUCAGUUGAUCUUUCAGACAUUGAGAUUGUAGAAGAAUAGUUUAGACGCUGAGUGUGCAUGUACUCUAAUGUAAACUAAAGAAAAGUACCUUCCUUAAGAUUGAGAAUAAAUAACGAAGUGCAAUGAUAGGGUC